AUGCUUUGGAUCGGCGCUGUCUCCGGUAUGCCCACCAGUCCGAAUCUACUCUCAGCACGUCGGGACGAGACAGCCUUGUGGACAUGCAGGGAAAAUACCUGCACUGACUGUCCUUUUUACUUCAGCGCUGGAACUGGAUGGCCAGAUUGUCCAUACUACACUGGUGACCAACUCACGGAGAGCGGCUUCCCACCCCAAGAGAAUGGUCAAAUCCGAAUCUAUAUCGAUGUCCCUCCGCAGGAGGACGAUUGUAGAACUCUUAUUCGCACGCCCGUCAGACCAAACGACGUCAAUUGUGGCGGCAACAUCAUCAUCGCUGAGGGGGCAACAUGUGCUGUGAUCACCAUCGAUAAUACCUUCAUUGCAUCUCGGUGCUGUGGCCUUGAAGAAUGCACAGACGCUGGCGCACCAGGCAAGCGUGAUACGAGCAGAGUCAGCGCCAGUUCCUCUGGCAUCCUUAUGCUUCAUGAUCUCGGUGGUAAUGUUAUUGAGCCGAAGACGGCUGCACUCUUGCAGCAUGCAGAUGAUGAGCCGUCUCUUCCCGUCCAGGUCCGCAGCGCCGAAACACAACCUACUAAGUUUCUUACGAAACGGGACUGCGACGGCUUUCAAGCCACCAGAGGGCCGUUUCAGAGCGGUGGAACAAACUACGUCAUCUCUGAUGUAGUCACUUGUACGCCGACGGAAUCAUGCCAGGCAACUCUAGGCGAGGAAGUGACUGAAGAGACGACCUUUAGCACUGAAGUCUCUGUCAGCGAUCCUUUGGGUAUCGUUUCCGCUAGUGUUGGUUUUGAGUUCUCAGAAUCUGUGACUCAGAGCUUUGAGGGUUCGUAUACGUUUGGACCAGGCGAGAGAGGCUAUGUUGUCUUCAUUCCAUGGAUCACGUGUGUCGAGGGGUAUUUCACAGGCGACUGUAGCGAUGAGAGUGUUCAGACAACCAUUUGUGGCGGUGAGAGUUCUGGCGGUGCUAUCAAAGGUGAACAGCGUCCUGUCAUCAUCCGCGGCUGA